UCUAUGUUGUUUAGUAUGGUAUGGCGGGGGAAUUAGAAAAGGUUAUGAGUUUGUGUUGUGGACUUUCAUCAUUUGUAUAAUACAGAAUGGCGUUACUCUAAUUAUUUAUUUUGAUUAUUUGUAUCGUUAUUAUAUAAAUAUUAUUCUGGUGGUGAAUGUUGUUUAAACAAUUCCAACAUGGAGCAGCUUCAAAAUGAAAUAAGGAUUUGUUGCAAUUUAUUGGAUUCAAACAAAAUAACAGAAAGAAAGAAAAAGAGUAGCGAUCUUCUAGAAUACUUACAAAGAAAAGAGAUUUUAACGUUACUUAAUAAAAACUCAGAAAAUAAAGAAGAGAUAACAUGGGAUACUGUUCUGCUAGCGACUCAUAGAGGAUUGCUCAAGGAAUCCGAUCGAAUCCGAAAUGAAGAACUAAAAGGUUGCAACCAGGCUUCAAAAUUGGAGGGCACAAAAGUUACCUUCUGUUCAUUGAUAUCUACAAUUGCAGCACGUGCCAAUUCAGGUGGGAUCCAAAGAUUAACAGUUGGGUCACUGUUGCAAUGUGUGUUUAGUGUACUACAAGAAGUGUUUCUCCGCAAACAUUUUGGCUAUACAUAUCUUCAAGUUUUGCGAUAUCAGAUUUUGACUACGCACAACUACUGUAUGAAUAUUGGUGAAGAGCUCUGGAAAGAUUUGUUCCAACUUCUCCAGCAGCUCUAUCGAAAUCCACCUCCAAAAGUUGACAAAGCAGUUAUUAUUGGAACCUUAAACUUUAUCAUUAAAAAUGGAAGUUGUCACUCUUUCUUUGCUCUGGAUGUUAAAAAAAUGUUCCCAACUCUAUGUGAGUGGAUAAAGGCUGAUAUAAGAACACUUAAUCUACAGGAGCACUUGGUCCAACUAGCUCUGACUGUGUGCCGGGUGCUCCAGUUUGAAUGCCGAAUGGCCAUAUGCAAAUUUGGAGAAGAUGUCAUGUCAGACUUUCGAAACAUUUAUGACCAUAGAGCUGAUGGAGUUUCAAAAAAGAAGGAUCUGUUGCUGGACUGGUUUGUGCUACAAGUGCGAGUCCACCACCCUGGAGGAGCGCAGCGAGGCUCAGACGCAGCACACGCUGGACAGUGGGAUGUCUGGACACGACAGCUGGGCUGGAUGUAUCAGCUAGUGAUAGCUGAAGUCAAGGCAGUACAACGCCACAGGACCAUCAGACAUUUGCGGCCAAGCUUUGUCACACUUGCAGUCGCAGUUUGCAAACAGAUUUUUGUAAUUGAUUCAAGAGAAAUGCUCGAUAUGAGCAUGAUAUCAAACUUAAAUGACACCUCUAUGAUGGAAGGAAAUCCGACAAAGAGAAUCAAACUGGAGACUGGAGUCCAAGCCAUCCUCGACAAACUGGUCAUGACUCAGCAACAGGAUAUGUGGCCUUGGUUAUCCUUACUCUCAGCUCUAUCUAACAAACACCCAGAACUGAUCGGUGAGACGGAUGUUACAUCUCUCCUCCAGUUUUGUGCUGAGCAACUUCAGACCUGCAAGGAUAAUACCACUAUGGAAAGUUUAUACAGGUGCUGCAAUGCUCUGCUGUACGUUGAGAUCAAGAAGGACUCUAAUUUGUUAGACACGAACAAGUUAAUUGAAUUGUGGAGUAGUAUUUGGGAAACAUGUUUGAGAACUAUAGGACUGAACUUGUGUGAAGAAUGGUCCCAUCUCCUGGUCCAACAACUGAUCCUGGAUACCAAACAGGUACCUGUAGACAAGCUGCUGGAAUUGUACAUCUCUGGAGCCAUCCACAGGUCAAGGCAUAGUAUGGACACACUGCGUUGUUUGUCAACAACGUUCUGCCUUACUGAACGCCUCAGUGCAAAGCAAUGUAAAAUUCUCCAAGAAUGGAUUUUACCCAGCCGAGAAGAAUCUAUACAAGAUGACUGGAACUCUCUUCUUCCAUGCACUGACUUGAUAGCUAAAUUAUUGUUAGCACUCUCGAUAAAGAACAAACUUUAUGAAGUAACAAAUAAUUCACCCGUAUCGUCCAUGGAUGAUUUUGAGAAACACUACAUCACUACUUCUUUUGAGGAUGGGCUGUUGGUUGAAAGAAAAUGUGCAAAACCAACAUCAACAGAGGAUGCCCCAAAACAACUUGUAUUGCAGGACAAUGAACUGCUAGAACAUAUGCUAACUGUACUGACAAGGGAACAUUUUGUGACCAAAGAAAAGUCUACACCAGGAACCAGCGCUGCUGUUCACAUGUUCACUGUACACUCUGGUCUUCUGUUUCAUGUGAUAACUAUGGCACAACAGUGGGGCCUCUCACUGGAUGAUAGAUUAGAAACUUAUUUAUACGAAUCGUGUAAUGCGGUGGCAGCAGCUGUUGAGAGCGUUCUCACUAGAAAAACUGAGAUCCCUGUAAUAACUGGUGUAUUAGAACGCUUGGUUAGCCUUUUCCAGCUGUUUUCAACUAAUGAUAUUCCCAUAUGCCGUAACCUAGUCAAACGUCUUGGCACAGAUUACAUCAUCCAGGCUUGUAGUAAACUCACUGUUGUGUCACAACGAACCCAUCAACCUACAAGUGAUUUUGAUUUUGAUGAAAUGGACACUGCUUCACCAGUUAAUUCAGAUGAAACUUCACCGUUUGACAAAGAAAGUAUUUUUGGAUGGUCCCAAGUCCAACUGCAAGCCUACAGAGUGAUGCUGGAGUACUGGAAGUGGGGUUCGGGAGAUCUUAUGUCCAGAUGGCUGAAGUUGCCUGUGUCUAACAACAAGGACAUCAGCUCGUCCUGUGCCUUACAGAUGGCAUUUAAUGCCGCCAAACUGGUUUGUUCUAUGCCUUCUGUUGAAGAGGAUGUAUUGGAAGAGUUGCUGAAUACCCUUCAAAGUCUUUGUCGCAAGUGGCAUGCUAGUGAUAUAGCAAUUAUUGCCAUCAUUAAUAUUUUUAAGGAUAUGUGCCACCAUAUACAUAGGUCAGAGGAUUGUCAAGCGAACUACAUUGUUCUGAUUACUGGUGUACUGAAAUUUGUAAAGAAGAGAAAAUAUGGACCACAUGUGUCCACUCAGUUUGUGGAGCUUCUUGGUCUUAUUGCAGUGGUGGACAAGGCAGCCAACUGGAGCACAAGAGUUACAGACGAUGGUUCUGUUCGACCUCUGGCGCAUGAGCUCCUCUUUUUUAUUACCUCACCCUUCUAUCAGGUUCGAAUAGCAGCCUGCAGAAUGAUUUGGACACUGUUUUCAACUUCAUGCCAGCAGCAAAUAUUCAAUGACUUGUUGGCUGCUGUGAAUGAAAUAUUUCUCAUUCAGGGGGAUUUACUGGUAGAUGAAGAGUUAGAUGAAGGUGUCUCUCGCACCGCUACAGCUCUACAUUGUCUAAGCGUCAUCAGCGUUUUCACUUCAAAAUGGCGUUGCAAAGCUCUUUUCAACAUAUUUUACAUCACUGUCCAGAAGAAUCUUAAUACAGUUUUAGUAAAGAAAGUGCUGACAACAAUAGCCAAACAUGAGGAUAUUGAGCAAUUGAGUGAGUUCAUACAGCCUGCUCUGCCGCUAAUCUUGUGGCACUGGCACGAGAAGUCGAACAGCCUGCAGAGUUUCCCCUGGGCACUGCUGGGUUACACCUCGGAUGCACAGUUCUACUCUGCCCAGCUACAAGUGAUCCUGCCCGUGCUGAUAUACAGGAGAGAUUCUACCUCACUGCAACAUAUAGCUGCUGUAACGGGCCAGCCUAUCUCUGUUCUCAUUGAGGCCUCCUAUUCACAACUUUUGGGCAGUGUUUUACCUCGUUUUGCUGAUGACAAUCAACAGGAAACUGCAACUGUAAUAAUAUCAACUAUUGAACAAUAUCUUGGUGAUGAAAAAGUCAAAUCUCUCUUAGUGGCAAAAAUGACAGAUGUGAUAGCCUGUGUCAUUUCAAAUUUGCAUGAUCCAGAAAAUUGUAAAAGUUUGUUUGGAGGAGAACUCCCAGAACUUCCUGAAUGUACAAAAUUGAUGUUCCCAGCAAAGCUAGUACUUGGUGGCAUCCAAUAUAUCCAGCUGUUUCAGGAGAACUCUCCAAAUAGUGAUGUACCUCUUUGGAUUUACCUAUCACAGGAGAAGCCUCGCCUUAUCCAGAAAGUGCUCUUGAAACUUUAUACAAAAGUUCAAAAAGCAAAGUUAAUGGAAUUCAAGUUGCUGUUUCUUCACCAUUUUGUGACGUUGUGUGACAUGCUGGUGGCAGUGGUGGCCAAGCCUCGGUAUCAUCUGUCUCGUUACACUGUGUACUGGAUAACGAGAGUGUUGCUACACCUUGCUCCAGGAGACAUGGGCAUGGCCACAGUGUGCUACCUGCACAGAUUUCUGUCCACAGUGUUGUCUUCUCACCCUCAACUUGUGGACUCUCUGCUACCUCGCAUCACGACAACCCUAGUUCCUCUUGCCAGUCGCACAUCUCCUGUCGGGAAGAAGGUGCUAGAGGUGUUGGAGCUUUUGUUGGUGACACAUGCCAACACACUUGUGACUGUGGCAACACUGGAGCCACUGCCAAGUGAUCCGAUGUUUGCUACUAUGUCUGAGAAGUAUCAGAAGCAGCGCUACGCCACGCCCCUAUCUACCUCUUUGCAUGCUGAGAUACAACACGUGCUCAACACCAGCCAACACGGCACAGCUUACCACGAGGGUCUUAGUCAUCUAAGAAGAAAAUUGUCGGAAAAUAAAGUUGAACUAGCUGAUCUCUACAAAGAUUUACAAAACUCAAGAGGAUUUUCAGAAGAUUGUGAGCAAAGUAUUUUGCAUCAGUUGAUUUGUUUGCUCAUACAGAUCACAUCAGGCUCUGAUCCAAAGGCCAGCUACGAGGCUGCGUGUUGCCUGGGAGAGUUUGGGCCAGCAGACCUCACCACACUUGGCCUCAAGCCUGAGACUUCAGCCUCAUCAACUCAACCCCAGGAUGUGUUCUUGGAGUGUGUGGUGAGACAUCUGUACCUGUGUCUCUUCGACUCCGAUGUUGCAGUGAUCCAAGCUGCUUCUGAUGCCCUCUAUUCAUUGUUCAACAGUUUCCACCACCAACUGACAAAUAUGCUAACGGAAGAACAGUCUGAACUGUUUUAUCCGUUUGUCAGCUCAGCGAAGAAGCAGAAGAAGUUAGUCAGUGUCAAUGAAAGAGAACUGGAGGACCUAAUGUCAAUGUUCUGCCCUGACGAGGUGUUCUCACAUAGACAGUGGGUUAUAAGGAUCAUGUCCGCCAUCUUACAUUCUGCUCAGUUAGGAUAUCUCACACCAGUUUGUAAUUUUAAGGAGGACUUCUGCAAUGAACUAUUUCCCAUGGCCAUUGACCUCGUGCUCUCUACCCUAAAGAAGAGGUCAUGUACUGAUUUAUUUAUUGACCAAAUUAAUGAGUUUUUCGCUCGUCACGCAAAUACUGAUUCCUCAGUGGAGGUUUAUGGUAGUCGAGAUUCUGUAUGUACCAUGCUGAAAGUUGUACAUGUUGUCAGAAAGUAUACAGAACAGCAAAGAAAAAUUAAUUACCUCAGUAUUUCCAGAGCAGCUAUUUUCUGUUCAGCUUAUUUUACUGCAGUGAUGUAUGGAGAGUUAUGGGCAAGCGAAUAUAACAGUGAUCGAGGAGAUCUAGACGUGGAAGGUUUGACUCAGCUUGAGUACAUUGAGGAGAAAGACUGUGAAAAUGGACAGAUUCUACAAAAUUUACUAAGAGAGGCUUACACGAAGAUUGGAGAGCCGGACGCAGUGUAUGGGUGUGGUAACUCUCACCUACGAGACUGGCAGACACAGAUUCUACACUACCAGUACGAGGGCAGGUGGCGCAGUGUGGUGGAGGCUUGUGACAUGCAGCUGGCCCUGGAUCCCACACUUCAGCUGCAAGGUCUACAGAAUGCACUGCACCACUGUGGCCUGUACCAUCUAGCGGGUAGGGUGUCAGAGAGACAGAACUACGAGGCUAGCUGGCGGCUGGGACAAUGGGAGCUGGUGGAGCCGGAGACUCACAGCCAUGACAGCCUGGUGUACUGCGGACUACGAUCUCUGCGUGGUGGCGACACUGCCCGGGCUCUGCAGGCUGUCCGUCAGGCUCGCUCACUGGUCAUACAGGGGCUCGCACACACAAGUCUCGAGGCUGCCACCAAUGUCUAUACUCCACUGGCCAAGCUGCGAUCUCUACAGGAGAUAGAGGACUUUGCAACUCUAGACUUCAUGUCAGUCGCCAAGAAGUGGGAGGAACAAGAUAAGAUUGGGUGGAAAAAAUUCACUCAAUUUGAAAGUAUUUUGGCACAGAGAAUUACCAUGUUAAGAAUUAGAGAAAAUUUAAAUCCGGAGACAUGCGCCAAGGUAAUGUUGAGAGCCACUGAAGCAGCAAGAGAGGAAGGCCUGUUCACAGUCGCUCACAGCUGGCUGAUGUCUCUGUCCCACCUGCGAGAGUUGUCACCCUUACAGUCUCUGUCUAUCCAACUGCUCCAGGCCCAACUAUACUGGGACAAGCAAGAGGCCGACACUGCCAGAUACCACCUGCGACGCCUGCUCGGCCAUCUGAAAGACACAGAACUAUCAGCGUUAUAUGCUAGAGCUCUGCAAACCUAUGGGGCCUGGGUAGCUCACACCAGAACAGAACAUGCUCAGCAGAUACUGGACAAAUAUCUCAUCCCAGCAGUUGACAUCUCCGAUAAUGAGUUCAGACUUGUGUCAGCCUUCACUCUUGCCCGGUACGCAGACAGUGAGUACCAGACAUUGCUAAACUACAUCAAGUCCUCAGUAUACACAAGCAAGAUGAAGAGCAUAUCGGAGUCGCUGACUAGUGCUCAGAAACUGUCUAAGGCUGUUGAAGUCACCAAGAAGUCCACAGAUAUCGACAGGCAGACAAGGAUAGAUCUACAAAAGUCCAUCAACAUGCAUGACAAACAAAGCAAGAUUGACCAGACCGAAGUGGAAAAUGCACAAAAGGAGCUUGACAAUUUUCUCAUUUUGGCCAUCAGGCAUUAUAUGAUGAGCUUGGAGAUUGGAGAGUCUGACAAUCUAAGUAUUUUCCGUGUUGUCUCAUUGUGGUUGAACAAUAACGAGCACGAUGAGCUGCAAGAGGAGUUGUCAAGGCACAUCAACAAAGUGCCAACGUUCAAGGUGUUGCCUGUGCUGCCCCAGCUGGUGGCAAGGAUCACGGAGAACACGGGAGAGUUGUCCAUGUCCUUGUUGCACAAUCUAAUUGAGAGGUGCGCCAAGGACCAUCCUCACCAUGUAUUACCUCUGUUACUGGCUCUGGCCAACUCAUACAAGGACCAGGACUACUGUCAGUCUUCACUCCAGGGGGUCUCCAAGCCCGAGACAAGAGUUGUGGCUGCUCAACACAUGCUCAACAAGAUGAAACAGAAGACCAACUUGAAGACAUUAAUUAGAGACAUGCAAGUAGUUUCUGAGGCUUAUAUCAGUCUGGCAAACUUCCCUCACACACCUGAUAAAUCGUGCAAAGUGUUUAAGAUACCUAAGAGUGAGCCAAUAACGAAACUGAAGAGCAUGGAGCAUAUUCUGUGCCCUACAGCGACAUUGGCUGUCAAGAAGUCUGGAAAUUACGAAGACGUGUUAGGUAUUCAAGGAUUUGUUGAAACGUACUAUUCUGUUGGUGGUAUCAAUGUGCCAAAAAAGAUAGAGUGCAUUUGUACAGAUGGUAGAAAAAGACCACAACUUGUAAAGGGUAAUGAUGAUCUGAGACAGGAUGCUGUAAUGCAACAAGUGUUUACAAUAAUGAACUCACUCCUCCUUGAAAACAAAGAAACUCUAACCAGAAGACUGCUCAUCAGGACAUACAAGGUGGUACCCCUGUCUCAGCGUAGUGGUGUGAUCGAAUGGUGUAGCAAUACUAUACCUCUGGCCAUCUACCUCGUCGGGGGUGAAGGAGUGACGGGGGCACACACACGUUACAGAAAGGAGGAUUGGUCUCCUAAAGUGUGCCGGCAGAAAAUUAUGGAUGCAGCCAAGAGUAGUAAUGGAAAGAAGCUGGCAGUUUUCAAAGAAGUGUGUGCUCACUUUAAACCAGUUUUCCGUAAUUUCUUCUUUGAAAAUUUCCAGAAUCCAGGAAUCUGGUUUGAGAGGAAAUUAGCUUACACUCACAGUGUUGCUACCUCCUCUAUGGUUGGCUACAUCAUGGGCCUUGGUGACCGACAUAUUUGUAAUAUUCUCAUUGACCAGCGGACAGCUGAAGUCAUUCAUAUUGACUUUGGUAUUGCGUUUGAGCAGGGGCGCACUCUAGUUACAGCUGAGACUGUCCCGUUUCGCCUUACAAGAGACAUUAUUGAUGGAAUGGGUGUCUCAGGUGUUGAAGGAGUAUUUAGGAGGAGCUGUGAGAAGACGGUGGUGGUGUUGAGGGAAUGCCAGUCCACCAUCGUCACUAUCCUCGAGGUGCUGCUGUAUGAUCCUCUGUACGUCUGGACCAUGACUCCGGCCAAGGCUAUGGCCAAACAGUCAAAUUCUGCCACUGCAAGGUCACUUCAGUCACAGCCCUCACAAGCCUCUGAGGGUCAGGUGAACAAGCUGGCGGAGAGAGCUCUGCUGAGGCUGAAGCAGAAACUCCAAGGUAUCGAGGAAGGCAGCAAUACCAGUGUCGAGGGCCAAGUGUCCAAGCUGAUCCAAGAGGCCACAAACCCUGCCAACCUGAGCCGGCUGUUCCAUGGCUGGCAGGCACAUGUUUAAAUAGCCCCCAUUCAUCACUUUUUGAAGUGUUAAAGUUCCUAUUGAGUAACUGACAUGUACACGUACGUUACAUUUGAUCAGAUUAAUGUAAUAUUGAAAUUAGUUACAAACAUUAUUUUAAGCUAUGUUACUUUAAGUAUACAAUUGAGUUUUUAAAACGUGCCUUGAAAACAUUUCUAAACUGGAGCCUGAUUUUAAAAGAUCUUCUAUUUAUGUGUAUGUAUUAUGUAUUAAUUGUAACUGCUACAGUUAGAAACUAUGUUAUGUUAUUUUUUACUGUAUCCUUAAUUUUAUUGGUAAGGUUUAAUACAUUAAACUUGUUAUUAUUACACUUUAAAAUGGGUUUACUUUUAAAACAUGGUACUAAAAUUCAUUUUUACAAGAAUAAUCAAUUACUCAUACAUACUUAAGAAGAGCAUCAAAAAUAUUUUAUGUACCUGUGAUACGAUUAUUAAUAUUCUUUACUAACUUUCAAUAAAUCUUAUACAAAUCUUAUAUUAACUAUUGAUUUUAGUAACCAAAAUAUUUUUUACACAAAAAUGUUCCAUAAUCCUAUAGAUAGUUACAUUUUGCACAAGAAAGUGUCAUUACAAAUUAUUUAAUUUUAACCAACAUCCUUAAUAACGUCUUCUCCUUAUUUUUAUCUAAAGUGACACUUUUUUAUAUUAAUUUGUGGAACUUAUUUUCACCAAAGGCUGUGAAUAUUUGUCCUGUAUCUGUGACUCAGUGUAUCUAAUAUUGCAAUUGUACAUUUCUAAGGUCAUGACAUUACUUACGAUUCGCUUCAAAUGUGAUGAUUUAGAAUAUCUUAUUGUAUUGUAUUUAAUAGCGAAUUACAUUUGAACAAAGACCAUCUUCUUGUUCUUGAUACUUUGGAGAAAUUGGUAGCAUGAAACCACCACAAGUUAUAACAAUAAUACUAGUUUAAUUAUUUAGGAACAAAAACACUUAACCUUCACACAUAAUUUAUUUAUAAUUUUACUCAAACUAAAACAUUUGUUAGUGAAAAUAAGAUAAUAAUAUAUAUUAAUAAAAAAUGUUUACUUUUGUAUUGUUUGUAAAUAGAUUGUAAUAUUUUGCUAUUGAUAUCUGUUCUUAAUAAAUAUUGAUUAAAAUGUUA